GAAAUGUCUACAGAUUGCAACAUGAAACACGUUUUCUCUGAAGGUCCUGUAAGCAUUGCGCCAACUGCGUCGCCUUCUUGUCCCCUUUAUCUUCAAACGAACGACUCCUCGAUUAAGCUUGAAUGGUCUGGAAGGACUGAUAAGCUAUAUAUUGAACGAUUUGAGUUCAAAGUAGCGAAGAACGAAAAUGAAACGAUUAUAGACUGGACAAGCUGUGGUUUACAUAGAAUGGUCGACGUUGCUGGACUUUCCCUUCAAUCUAAUCAGAUGUACACAUGUUCUGUACGUGGGAUUGAUAUACGAGGCGGUAGAAGUGAUCCUCUGACGGCAUUGGUCAAACCACGAUGGUCUGUACCAUCCUUAACAGAUAAAGCGAUAACUGCUUCUUUUUCAAACAAGACGGUCUCUUUAAACUGGACGCACGUAUUUGCGAUAAAGUCAAACAAUCCCUUCCUUUAUGACGUCAGUGUGGGAACAAGAAAAGGAUACAAUGAUGUCAUCGAUAUUAAAAAGACAAGAGAUGCCUUUGUCACUUUUCGUCUGCCUGAAAAUUAUAUCUUGGGUCCAGUUGGGAACGAACUCUUUAUAAACGUUGUGUGCAAAGACAUGCUUGGUUUAUUCACAGUGUAUGAAACAACCAUUGCAGUUUUAUAGAACGAGUCCAGUUGGUUUAAUUUUGUUUUUGCCAUAUCGCCAUGAACAAGUGUUGCAUUAUACAAAAUUAUCUGCAGUUAAGUUUUCCAUCUGGUCAUGGUAUAGAACGUUAAAUAGAAACUAGGGUUUUGUUAUAGUAAAUAUAUAAUGAUAUUGUUAUAUACUUUUUUUAAUUGUAAUAUUUAUUUUAGCAUAAUGUUAUGUUAGUUUGGUGAAAUAUCUA